ACAUUAAAUUGAAUGUGUUUUUCCAAAAUGGCUUCUCCACACUUUUUCUAUCUACUCUGUUUCCUCUCCAUCAUCACCUUCACUUCAUCCACAUCAGACACCAUUGUCGUUCCUCUUUCUCCAUUAUUCACCAAACACCCUUCCUCAGAUCCAUUUCACACCCUCAAACUCAUUGCCUCUGCUUCUCUUAACAGAGCCCACCACCUUAAGCACCACAAAUCUCACCUCAAUUCUUCUUCUUCUUUCGUCAAGACACAAGUUCAUCCAAAAAGCUACGGUGGAUACUCAAUUAACCUCAAUUUCGGAACACCACCACAAACCUUCCCUUUCGUUUUGGACACGGGAAGUAGCCUCGUGUGGCUACCAUGCUCCUCUCAUUAUCUAUGUUCCAAAUGUAACACGUUCCCAACCAAAAUCCCCACCUUCAUUCCAAAAAACUCUUCAUCUUCCAAGUUCAUAGGUUGUAAGAACCCAAAAUGCACUUGGCUUUUCGGCCCCAAUGUUCAAUCUCACUGUCAAGACUCACAAACUUGCCCUGCUUACACAAUCCAAUACGGGCUUGGCUCCACCUCCGGAUUCUUACUCUCGGAAAAUCUCAACUUUCCGGGAAAAAUCGUCCCUGAUUUUCUUGUCGGGUGCUCCAUCAUGUCCAUUUACCAACCCGCCGGAAUCGCCGGGUUUGGCCGUGGACCAGAGUCGGUGCCGUCGCAGAUGGGCCUCAAGAGAUUCUCUUACUGCUUGGUGUCUCACCGUUUCGACGACUCGCCGGAGAGUAGCGACCUCGUCUUAAACGGCGGCAAAACCAACGGUGUCAGUUACACGCCGUUUCAGAAAAACCCGUCGUCGGAAAACCCUGCGUUCAGCACGUACUACUACCUGACCCUAAGAAAAAUCCUCGUCGGAGAAAAGCGCGUGAGGAUUCCGAGCAGGUCUCUGAAGCCGGAUUCCGUCAACGGUAACGGUGGGUCCAUCGUUGACUCUGGCUCCACCUUCACGUUCAUGGAGAGACCCGUUUUCGAUUUGGUGGCACAAGAGUUUGAGAAGCAGGUGAAUUACACGCGAGCAAGGCACGUUGAGGAGCAAUCUGGGUUGAGUCCCUGUUUUAAUGUCCACGGAAUGGAAACGGCGUCGUUUCCCGAACUAACGUUUCAAUUCAGAGGCGGCGCCAAGAUGACGCUGCCACAGACGAAUUAUUUCUCGUUGCUUGGGAAAUCCGACGUGGCAUGUUUGACGAUUGUCACUGAUGACGUGGUAGGUUCGGCUUUUGCAGUUGGACCUGCCAUCAUCUUGGGGAAUUAUCAGCAACAAAAUUAUUACGUAGAGUAUGACUUGGAAAACCAGAAGUUUGGAUUUCGGAGUCAGAAUUGUAAAUAG